AUGUUGAAUCACUCAGUGCCAGUCUUCUACUAUGCUUGCAGGUAUUGGCGACAUGAGCAAGGUCUUAUUGAUGAUCCGGCCAACUUGAAGAAUAUCCCUGUACUACUCUUCAAUGGCAAGUGGGACGAAUGUGUCUACACCAGGGUCAUGCAAGACACCUACAAGCAACUGCGGUUCUUCAUGAACGAGAGCAUGAUUUUCCAACGGUUUUCCACACAUGCAGCCCAUGUUUGGAGCUUGGACAAUGGCCAGUGCAGCUGCGGUACUUGCUCAGACUUUGUUGGAUCUUUGGAAUGUUGUGACUUGGUAUGGGUCUCUCUUGCCUCACCAGGUGAUUCACUCCGGGCAUUCUAUGGCGAGAUCAAGCCACGAAAGGUAGCCCAUCCAACGCUUGUGCACGUGGAUCAGUGGAAGUAUCUCCCACCAGAGGCUACCUUCAAUGCGACGAUUGGCGAACUUCCAAGGGGUGGGCUGUGGAAGUUUGCCUUGGUCUAUGUUCCCGAAAGCUGCAAAGAACGUGUUGACUCCUGCCGCAUCCACGUAAACUAUCACGGAUGCAUCAAGAAGCGGUUGGACCGCAGGCGGUUGUGGGUGUCUUGGUCAAGGCUAUAA